CCCGUAGGGUAACACGCCGCACUUCACUUUCUGGUCUGGUGUGCGACUUGAAAAGCAAACCAACGACGGUUAAAGCUGAUCUCUAAGAUUAGCUAUAUAUUAACGGAUGACCGGCCGGAGCACUGUGAGGUAGCAGGAAUCAGAGGGAAGCAGCGCUGGAAACUGACCAGGAAGAUGAAGAUGAUACCAGGUGGGUCUUCCGGAGAAGUGGAGAAGUCCGGCGGUGGGACGGUGGUGGUCGGAGUGAAGUUGGACUCGCAGAGUAGAGAGUUGCUGACUUGGGCUCUGGUGAAAGUGGCUCAGCCGGGUGACCGUGUGAUUGCUCUGCAUGUUCUUGGUCACAAUGAAAUUGUGGAUCGAGAUGGGAAAUCGUCGCUUCUCGCUGUAUAUGAAGGUUUCUGCAACUUGAAACAGGUGGAUCUCAAGCUAAAGAUCUGCAGAGGUUCAUCUAUCGGGAAAAUUCUGGUCAGGGAGGUGAAAUCUUAUGUUGCUAGUAAGGUUAUAGUAGGAACAGCUCGGAACCAUCAUGCAAUCAGGUCAUCCGCCGCGGUUGCAAAGUACUGUGCAAAGAAACUACCAAAGGAUUGUUCAGUUCUUGCUGUGAACAAUGGGAAAGUUGUGUUCCAGAGAGAAGCUUCUAUGAGAACUACUGUUGAUUCACAAGAAAAAGAGGAACAUCGCCGGAAUGGUUUGCUCGGUGGAAUUCAGCAGUCAGUGAGUAAGAAAUCAAAGGCAUUAAAUCAUGGCAAGGUAAAUGAGGAGCCAUCAACCAUCUGUGAUCCAAGUGCUUGCCAGAGUUUGGAGUUGGGGCUGGUUAAUGGUGGUACAGAUUGUAAGGAGAGUGAGCCAAAACAAAUUUGUUCCAUUUGUGCCCCACUCUCUGCUAUGCCUGAGAAUUCAUGUAGUCAAUCCAUAGAAGGAUCUUCUGGUGACAGCCAUCAUGAAGAUGAUUCACUGGCUAUUGUGCCUGUUCAGAAGCUAGAGGCAUCAUCGAGUUCAAUCUCUCUGUUGAUCAGAGAAUUGCCUGAACUGAGACCUGGUUGGCCGCUCCUCCGCCGGGCCAUUUUACCAGACCGGCAAACUUCUACCAAAUCCUCAGUGCGGCAGAUCUCUGUGGUUCAGUGGGCAAUGAGGUUGCCCAGUAGGAACUUUCCAUCUGCAGCCAGUUUGGAUAAUAUAGAAAGUAGUUGUGAUGGGGAUGAAGACCUAUCUACCAAUUUAGAUGGUGAAAGUGGUGCAAUUGUUCCAGUAGGAACUGUGAAUGCAUCUGCUCCACCUUCUCCCAGCCGCAGUUCAACAAAGCUGGCUAAAGAAUUGGAGGGUCUUCAUGAGAAGUACUCAGCAACUUGUAGACUGUUCAAGUUUCAAGAACUCUUCUCGGCAACAUCAAAUUUCAUGCCUGAGAAUUUGAUUGGAAAAGGUGGAAGCAGUCGGGUAUAUAGAGGUUGUCUUUCUGAUGGCAAGGAAUUGGCAGUGAAAAUCUUGAAGCAAUCUGAUGAUAUAUUGAAAGAGUUCCUCUUGGAAAUUGAGAUUAUUUCUACCUUGCAUCACAAGAACAUCAUUUCCCUUUUGGGCUUCUGUUUUGAGAACAAUAAUCUUCUCCUGGUUUAUGAUUUCUUAUCAAGAGGAAGCCUGGAGGAGAACCUUUAUGGUAAUAAAAAGGAUCUUUUUGCAUUUGGUUGGAGUGAGAGAUACAAGGUUGCUGUGGGUGUAGCUGAGGCACUGGAUUAUCUGCACUGUGGCAGCGCUCAAGCCGUGAUCCACGGGGAUGUAAAAUCAUCAAAUAUACUAUUAGCAGAUGAUUUUGAGCCACAGCUCUCUGAUUUUGGACUAGCUAAAUGGGCCUCAACUUCCUCAUCACAUAUAACCUGCUCUGAUGUUGCUGGCACCUUCGGUUACAUGGCUCCUGAAUACUUCAUGUAUGGCAAAGUAAAUGAGAAGAUAGAUGUCUACGCAUUUGGUGUUGUCCUCCUUGAGCUUCUUUCGGGAAGAAAACCGAUCAGCAGUGAUUAUCCAAAAGGUCAAGAGAGCCUGGUUAUGUGGGCAAAGCCAAUUCUAUAUGGUGGGAAGGUUUCUGAAUUAUUGGACCCAAGCUUGGGCAGUAACUAUGACUCCAGCCAGAUGGAGAGGAUGGUAUGGGCUGCUAUUCUCUGUAUCAGACGUGCGCCAAGAGCUCGGCCACAAAUGAGCCUUGUCUUAAAGCUCCUCCAAGGUGACGCGGAGGCAACCAAAUGGGCAAGGUUGCAAGUCAACGCUUGUGAAGGGUCUGACACGCCAGAUGAUGAAGCUUUUCCCCAUUCAAAUCUCCAGUCCCAUCUUAACCUUGCUUUACUUGAUGUUGAGGAAGAUUCACUCUCCAUGAGUAGCAUUGAGCAAAGUGUCUCGUUAGAGGACUACUUGCAAGCAGGUGGAGCCGCUCAUCAAGCUUCGACUAACCAGUGUUGCUAGCAAAAUGCAUUAAUGCACCAUCUCACCCUCCAUUUGUGCUAUUCUUUUGUAUAUUCUGUUGGGCUUUCCCCCCUUUCGGCUUUCGUUGCAUUUUUGUGUUUGCUUAUAGAUAGGUCUUGGAUGAGAGGUUGUUUGCUGGAGUACCCUCCGCCUCACCUUACCUUACCUUGCCUUACCUUACCUUAGCAGUCAUGACUUUCCCUUGUGGUUUUGUGGAAAAUUGUGUCAGCCCUCUUCCCCAAUCUAGAAAAGAUAAGAGAGCUGAGAGUGAUUUGUUAUGGUGGAAUGUGGAUAUGUUCAAACUAUGGAUCAUUACAUGUUGAUCAAGAAGUGGGCACAAGUAACUGCUGCUCCAUUUCCAAGUGUAUCUAAUAAGAGCAAUUUUACUUUUGAGGCUUGA